AUGUCAGAAAAUGUGGUUUGUACUGGGGCUGUCAAUGCUGUAAAGGAAGUUUGGGAAAAAAGAAUACAGAAAUACAAUGAAGAUCUGAAGCGAGAGAAAGAAUUUCAACAGAAGCUAGUGCGGAUCUGGGAAGAACGAGUAAGCUUAACCAAACUAAAAGAAAAGGUCACUAGUGAAGAUGGAAGGGUUGUUUUGAAGAUAGAAAAAGAGGAAUGGAAGACCCUCCCUUCUUCUCUACUGAAACUGACUCAGCUACAGGAAUGGCAACUUCAUAGAACUGGUUUGUUGAAAAUUCCUGAAUUCAUUGGAAGAUUCCAGAACCUCAUUGUGUUAGAUUUAUCUCGAAACACAAUUUCAGAGAUCCCUCGAGGAAUUGGACUGCUCACUAGACUUCAGGAACUGAUUCUCAGUUACAACAAAAUCAAGACAGUCCCCAAGGAACUAAGUCAUUGUGCCAGCUUGGAGAAACUAGAACUUGCUGUUAACAGAGAUAUAUGUGAUCUUCCACAAGAGCUCAGCAAUUUGUUAAAGCUUACUCACCUUGAUUUGAGUAUAAACCACUUUACUACAAUCCCUCCUGCUGUGUUGAACAUGCCUGCCCUUGAGUGGCUUGACAUGGGGAGCAACAGACUUGAACAACUUCCUGAUACUAUAGAAAGAAUGCAAAAUCUACAUACAUUAUGGCUGCAACGGAAUGAAAUAACAUGUUUGCCAGAAACUAUCAGCAAUAUGAAAAAUCUGGGUACUCUUGUUCUCAGCAACAAUAAACUGCAAGAUAUUCCACUGUGCAUGGAAGAGAUGACCAAUCUGAGGUUUGUCAACUUCAGAGACAACCCAUUGAAAUUGGAAAUAACACUUCCUCCCAGUGAAAGUGUAGAUGAUGAGGACGACCGGGAAUUAUUUGGCCUUCAGUUUAUGCACGCAUACAUACAGGAGUCACGGAGAAGAGCAGAUAACCAAGUCAACUGUUCAACUACUUUACCAAUCUCUAUAAAUACAGAUGGAUAA